AGACUUCUAGUGGCUCUAAAAUGGUAUCUCAUUAUGGUUUCAAUUUCCUUUUUCCUGAUGAAAUUUUUGGUUCUUUAGAAAUGUCUGGGGCUGGGGUUGUGACUCAGUGGUAGAGCACUUGCCUAGCAUGUGUGAGGCACUGGGUUUGAUCUUUGGCACUAUAUAAAAAUAGAUAAAUAAGCUGAGUACGGUGACUGCACACCUGUAAUUCCAGUGGCUUGGGAGUCGGAGACAGGAGGAUCGCAAAUCCAAAGGAGCCUCCGCAACGGCAGUGCAUUUAGCAACUCAGUGAGACCCUGUCUCUAAAUAAAACACAAAAUAGGGCUGGGGAUGUGGCUUAGUGGUUGAGUGCCCGUGAGUUCAAUCCCCACUACUACCCCCCACCAAAAGAUAAAUAAAGGUAUUGUCUACAGCUAAAAAUAAAAAAAAAAUUUUAAAGAGAAAUGUCUGUUUGUAUCAUUUACCUAUUUUUAAAUUGGGUAGUGUUAUUUUAUUAUAAGAGUUCUUUAUAUAUUCUAGAUACGAGUACCUUAUUAAACACAAGAUUUGCAAGUAUAUAUGCUCCAUUCUGUGAAUUGUCUUCAUUUCUUGAUAAUGCACUUUGAAGGACAAAAUUUAAAUUACCUCCGUGAGUGAAAGCCUUCAGAGAGAAGCUGCUAAGAAGCAAGCCAUGAAACAGACCAAACUGGAAAUUCAGAAGGCCCUUGCAGAAGAUUCUACUGUGUAUGAAUAUGACAGUAUUUAUGAUGAAAUGCAGAAAAAAAAGGAGGAAAAUAAUCCCAAAUUGCUUUUGGGAAAAGAUCGGAAGCCAAAAUAUAUUCAUAACUUACUAAAAGCAGUUGAAAUCCGAAAAAAGGAACAGGAAAAAAGAAUGGAAAAGAAAAUACAAAGAGAACGAGAAAUGGAAAAGGGAGAAUUUGAUGAUAAAGAGGCAUUUGUGACAUCUGCUUAUAAAAAAAAAUUGCAAGAGAGAGCUGAAGAGGAAGAAAGAGAAAAGAAGGCUGCUGCACUUGAAGCACGUUUGGAUGUAACCAAACAGAAAGACCUCAGUGGAUUUUAUAGGCACCUAUUAAAUCAAGCAGUUGGAGAAGAGGAAGUACCUAAAUGCAGCUUUCGUGAAGCUAGUUUUGAAAGGACUGGAAUAAAGGAAGAGAAAUCAAGAGGUUACUCUGAUGAAGUAAAUUCAGAGAACAGAGUACUACAGGAGAAAUGCAUUAUCCAGACUGGUGUAAAGAAGGAGGAAAACCCAGAUGCAGACAGUGACUUUGAUACCAAGAGCAGUGAGGAUGAUGAAAUUGAAGAAAACAAAAUGAACUGCCGAAGGCCAAAGGUCAUAGAGACCUCUAGGAAUUACUCCAAGCAUCACAGGAAUCAAUCCCACUCACCGUCAUCUAGUGAAGAAAGAGGACAUGGUUCCAGACACCACACCAAAAGUUCCAAGUCAAGAGGGCAUGAGAAGAGGGAAGAUCCACACCAAGAGAGGCAGUCCAGAGACCAAGAGAAUUAUUAUACUGACCGUGACCACCAAAAACAAAAGGAUUCUCAUAGGCACAGAGAGGCCAGUCAUAGAGAUUCCCACUGGAAGAGGCAUGAACAAAAAGAUGCAUCAAGGAGAAGAGAUCAGAGAGAAAGAGACGAUAGAGAAUGGAAAAGGGGGAGAGAGAGGGAGAAAUAUUCCUCUAGAGAACAAGAAAGAGAUAAACAACAAAAUGAUCAUGACCGAUACAUUGAGAGAGGAGGAGAGAAGGAAGAGAAAAGCAAAACAAAGAAGGAACACAUGAAAAUAAGGAAGGAAAGAUAUGAAAAUAAUGAUAAGUACAGAAAUAGGGAAAAACAAGAGGUAAGUGUUCAGCUUUCAGAAAGAAAUCGAGACAGACGGGAAGGCAGCCCAAAUUCUAAGGCAAAAGAUGAGUUUCUUGACCAUGAAAGAUUCAGCAAAAUAAGAAACAUGGAAAAGGACAAAGAAAGAAGAAAAGACAAACCCUCUAGUUCUGAAACACCACUGGGAGCAAAACACAGACUCACAGAGGAAAGGCAAGAACAGGACAACGAACAAGAGAGACCACCUGAGGCAAUGAGCAAGUUUGCAAAGCGGAACAAUGAGGAAACUGUAAUGUCAGCUAGAGACAGGUACUUGGCCAGGCAAAUGGCACGGGUUAAUGCAAAGACCUAUAUUGAAAAAGAAGAUGAUUGAUGGCUGCUCCCAACAGGAAGAUCUGUGGAAGAACAAAACAUUGUUAACUCCUGGAAUUUGCUUUGUAAAGGCAUAAAGAAAUAUAUUAGGAGUGGCUUGGGAAGGUAUUUUUAAACAUAAUCCAAAAUUCACUUUUUUUAUUUAGGUUUAAAUUAGAAGUCAGUCUUUUUAUCUUGAAUGUUUAGCUGAAUUUAUAUAUAUAUAUAUAUUUCCUUGUUAAUAGCACAUUCUUGAUUGUAUGCAAGAACCAUGAGUGUGUACCAACCCCCCCCCCCCAGGUUCUUAGAGAGGAAAAUUGGCUCUAUAUCAACUAUUAAAAAAUAAACAACUGGGGCUGGGUUUGUGGCUCAGUGGUAGCGCGCUUGCCCCACACGUGCAAGGCCCUGGGUUCGAUCCUCAGCACCACAUAUAAAUAAAUAAAAUAAAGUUAUCAUGUCCAACUACAACUACUAAAAAUAAAUAUUUAAAAAAAAAUAAAAAUAAAAAAAAUAAACAACUCUCCUAAUAAUGUUGCUUUUGUUGCAGGAUAUGUUUUGUUUUAUAAAUAUUUUAGAUAAAAAUAUGUGAGUUUGAUAAGUAUAAUAGAGAAAAUUGUGACUUUUUAUGUUCUGAAAUUUGUAAAAAAGUGUAAAAUAUGUAUCAUGCAUCUUGUUUAACUUCUUGACCUACAACAUACUUGACUAAAUGAAAAUAAAAAUAAUGAUAUGCCUGUACUUUUAA